AUGGCGGAUCAUGACGGAGAAGGGGAGUCGAUAGAGUUUACGCCGACAUGGGUUGUUGCCACCGUCUGUACCGUCAUGGUUGGUGUCUCACUCGCCCUCGAACGCCUACUUCACUUCGCCGGAAAGAAACUAAAAAAAGAAGGCAGGAAGCCACUCUAUCAAGCUUUGCAAAAAGUCAAAGAAGAGUUGAUGUUGUUGGGGUUCGUUUCACUGCUAUUAUCUGUUUGUCAGUCGAGAAUCGUCAAGAUUUGUGUGAACGAGGAUACUACGAAGCAUUUUCUUCCAUGCUCAUUAGAUGCCAAAGAGAACCAUCAUACGCUUCGCGAAUUGCUUGAAAACAAACAUUCAUCAACGGGUUAUUGUGCUCUAAAGAAUAAGGUCCCAUUGUUAUCUCUGGAGGCAGUGCAUCAUCUACACAUGUUUAUUUUUGUACUUGCUAUCGUGCACGUGACAUUUUCUGUUCUUAUCGUUGUGUUUGGAGGGGCUAAGAUAAGCCAAUGGAAACAAUGGGAAGCAUCUACCAAGGAAGAUAAUUUGGAUACUUCAAAAGAACAUGAUUUCGUUGCGAAGCGCUUCGUGGGUGUUGGCAAACGUUCAGCUGUUUUAGGUUGGCUGCAAUCAUUCUUCAAGCAAUUUUAUGGAUCAGUCACCGAAGCAGAUUACAUUGCUCUACGAUUGGGAUUUAUUAUGAUGCAUUGCAGGGGAAACCAAAAGUUUAAUUUUCACAAAUACAUGAUGCGGGCUCUCGAAGACGAUUCUAGGAAGGUUGUAGGCAUCAGUUGGUAUUUAUGGGCAUUUGUUAUCAUAUUCAUGUUGCUGAAUAUUCACGGUUGGCAUACAUAUUUUUGGAUAGCUUUUAUACCCUUGAUCUUGCUACUUGCUGUGGGAACCAAGCUAGAACAUGUGAUCAUUCAGUUGGCUAAUGGAGUUGCUAAGACGCAAGUAGUCGUAGAAGGCGAACCAAUAGUGAAACCUUCAGAUGAGCACUUCUGGUUUCAUCGACCAAAGAUCGUUCGCCUUUUAAUACAUUUUAUACUCUUCCAGAACGCUUUUGAGAUCGCAUACUUCUUCUGGAUAUUGGUUCAAUUUGGUCUCCAUUCGUGCAUAAUGGGAAAAAUGAUUUACAUUAUCCCAAGACUCAUCAUCGGGGUCUUUAUACAAGUUUUGUGCAGUUAUAGUACUCUACCACUUUACGCGCUUGUCACACAGAUGGGAAGUAAUUUCAAGAAGUCGAUAUUUGAUGAGCACAUACAAGCGAGUCUUAUUAGUUGGGCUAAACAUGCCAAGAAAAAGAAGGGUCUACAUGAUGGCUCAGGGCAUGGUGGCGGCGGCAGCCAUGGUGGUGGUGGUACCGAGCUGCAAGGCAUUCAUAUCGCUUAAGAUUUGCAAC